UGUCAGCAGGUGAGCCCUUACGAGCUGUUGCAAGGCGCAGAGAACAGCUGAACUCCUCAGGCCUCAAAGAGCAGCCUGGUAAAGCAAUUCUUCCUCCACCUGACUUCCAGAAACAACUAUGAAGAGAAUGAACCUGUCUUAUUGGCAGGUUGGAGGAAGAGCUAUCCUAGCAACCAGACGCUGAGGGACCGAUUCCUGCUCUCCUACGAAGCACCAGCAGCCCUCCACGUCGUGUACAAGUAAAAAAAGGAACGCCAUAGACUUCAUAGGAAGCCCCAACUCCCCUUCGGCAAAACACUGAGGUGAGGGACCACAGCGCCGGCCCUCCAGAAGCAAGGGGAUGUAUAACCAUCUAUCCACCGAACCCUUCGGACCAAGAAGCUCCGUGUGGUAUAAACAGCCAAAGCAAGUUUCUCAAGGGACCAGCGGUUGGGUAAAGGCCGCAGGCGGCUAGGACCGUGACAGCUCCUACCCUCAGAAACGAAUUUCUUCCCAGAAAAAAGCGAACGGACCCAGCAACCGGGAACCUCCCAGAACGCUUUUGUACUGCGCAUGCUCCACCACCGGUCAGAGCAGCAGGCGCAUGCCCACUGACGAUCGGAGCUCGGGCCUCCUCAUGCGCAUGCUCAAGGGACAGUUUGGCCCGCUUGGGGAGGGAAGGUUCGGAUUAGGGAGGAGCACAAAGCAUUAAUAUGCCGGUUCUGCUAAAAAAAAAAAGUUCUGUCAUAAGGUUGGCGCCGUUUUCAGGAUUGCGAAGUGACAAUGUGUAGGCUUGUUUUGCUAACGGUAAAACGGUUAUGGUAUAAACCAGAUUGCAAGAGCUCUAGAGCAGUUUCUCCUCCUCCUUUGCCUCAACGAAGUAGAGUGGGAGCGGGAGCGGGAGGAAAACGUCUACUAAGGAGACGGUUCGUCCGCUUCUUUCAGGAGUAAACGGCCGCAGACCGGUGAAGAUUGCCUGGCAGUGUUGGCUAUCAGGGUAGGAUUUAGCUAGUCAGGACUGAAAGAAAGGGUUUUAAGUUGCUCCAAUUUCUGAAGGAAACGGAAAUGGAUUCUGACAAAGAAUUCGUUUUUCUGUCCAGUAAUAUUUCUAAGAAAGGAGAUGUUCAGGAAAAAGUUACAAGGAAAAAUAAAUCUUUACAGAAAAGAAUUACUAGAAAAAAGCAAACUGAAGAUGACAUACGCGUUGAUCAAGUACAAAAAGAAGCAGCCCUGGACCAAAAUCUACAGGAAGCUUUGGCUGAAGUAGAAAAACAAAGAUUAACUGAAGCAUUACGAGAUAGAGUAAGAGAGAAGUUGAGAACAGUCAAGGGGGAAGGCUCAACCAGUUUAAAAGGCUCUUAUUUUCAUCACCAAAUGGAGGACAUCAGAAAAAAGAAGUCAUGUGCUGAAUAUGGGAAGUCUGCUACACAAGAAGAAAAAUCUUAUGGCAAACUGUAUUCUGAUACUAAAGAAUAUCAAAAGAACUUUGAAGUGAGCACUGAGAAUGAAGUCUCCAUAGAUGAGAGCUUUACAUUUUUUACAUCAACGUUUGAAGAUCACUCAAAGGUGAAAGAAACUGAUCAAGUCGUUGGCCAGAAAUCAAUACAUGACAGUCUUCAAAAUGCCUGUGCCUUAAAUGAACAAGCCCCAUUGCUUGACCAUGUGAAAGAAAUACUAUUGCCAGAAUUGCUUGAAGUAAAACCGCCUGAGUAUGAAUGCAGUAACCUCGAUAAGAAAAAGCAAUGGGACCAACAACUUUUUGUGCCAAGCACUUCCCCAGUUAUACACAGCUGUAAGCUACCAAACAAUAUGUUGCCACGAUUCUUAGAAGAUGAAGGAUUUUAUAUUCCAAGAAAGCCUUAUAUUUCUAGGAAUACAUACUACAAAAUGGAAAAUCGUCUUCUUCAGCAAGAUGGGGGGAAAAACUGGUUUGAAGAAAGUGGAGAAAUAAUGUCAUUACCUUCUCCAAUCAAACAAUCAAGACAUUGCAGAAUGUCUUUUCCUGUUACAAUUGACCUGCAAUUAAAGACAACAUAUAGGAAGGCAAUGCAACCUGAACUUGAAAACUGCAUCAUAACUAAGUCAGAAGACCAGAAUGAAAUUUAUCAACUAGAUCUUAACAUAUCAAGUAUUGUGUUCAGCCAUCAUUCUCUUUUCAAUUGUGAACAGGUAUUGGCUACCAGGUUGCUUGAUCUGUAUGAAUGCUUUCAAAAAAGACAGCAGCAAAAUGUUACUUACUUGCUAUCUGAAAAACUCAAAGCAUUAGUAAGUGCCACAAAACUAGUGGAAAGUAACUUGAAAACAAGCCAUCUGACCACAAAAAGUUUAAAGGAUUACAGAUCACAAAUAAGGAAUACUAAAAUAUUACACGAUAUAGAAUGCCAAAGAGAUAAUUCUUUAAUAAGAAGUAUGCUGAAAGUAUGGAAACAAAUAAAAUGUGUGCGGAGACAGCAAGGAUUUAUCAGUACAACUGUAAAGCUGCAAUUUCAAAGGCUGGCAUAUAACUCAGAAUUGGAUGAAUACAAAGCCAAAAUAUCAGAAGAGAAUGAAAAUGCUCUAAGAGAAGAAUGUGAUACUGAUUUAUCAAACAAAUUUUCUGCAACUGGAAGAAAACAGAAGGGAUGCUUGGAUUCAACUCAUGCCUUUCAAACCUCAACAGACAUCAGAGAGAUAAAUGAAUUUCUUUUUGUACCUCAUCUUACCUUUGUAACAGAAAUAACAGCAGCAAACAUGUGCCCCCUGGAUGAACAAAAGAGAAGAAAAAAAGUUAAAGUGGAGAAGUACUUUAUUAAAAUAUAUUACAACAAUAAAUUGGUCUCCUCUACUCCAGAAGCUGCUCUAUACCAAGAUUUUAAAGUAAUAUUUCAGCAAUUUUUUAGAAUUCAAGUAUUAAACUGGCCUGAAUCUCUUCAAUUAGAGAUUUUUGAAUCAAAUAAAAAACCGACUUUGCUGACCAAAGUGUACUUACCUCUUCCCAAUGACUUCAUAUUGAAAAACAAAGAUGUUUUGGAUGAGGCAGAAUUUAGCUGUGAACAACAAGUUAAACCUUCAGAUGGGGCAGUGGGAAGCAACGUAACUUUUUUCCUUGAUGAAAAUGAAAGAGAAAAACUAUGUAUUCUAACAUCAGGAAAACUAAUAUAUUCUUUAUCAUGGACAGCUGAUGACAAAGGAGUUCCUUUAGCACCCACGUUUCAACCUGCACAUGUUGCCUGCAAUAGUGUGCCAAGACAUAUCGAUUCAGAAAAAGGAACUGGAAUACGGUGGCAUUCUGGCACACAAAAACUUAUUGACUGGGCAAAAGAAGCCAAUAUUGAUCCGAAUAACCCUGACUAUUCAGAUUUGAUUGAGUUUAUUAUGUAUGCAAAAUCCCAGGAGCAAAAUGAAUUAAAAUACUUUCGUCUUGAACAGCUGCAAGAAGAAUUUAACUUUGUUACUUCAGAAGAGAUAACAAAUAGUAAACGUUUCCAGCUGUUGCACUUGAGAAGCUUAGGACAGUUAAAUUUCUACAGUUUUCAGCAAAUUCCUCUCUAUGACAGAGAGAUACCAGACACAGUCUUUCAGGAAUAUGGAAGUCAAUUAGAAAAUGACAUGUUGAUGACAGAUGUGGAUCCUAUUUCUGCACAAAGGAAUAGUUCGGCCACUUUUGUUAGGAUGAUGAGAAAACAAGCUACAAAGCGAAUUGUGACCAUUAGACACAAGUUUAAUUUAUCAGAUAUUGUGAAUGAUUAUGAAGAAAUUAUAUCUAUGAGUCAAUUGAGUAACACAAUUUUCAAGUUAGGUGAACGCAGAAGACAUUUGAAACCACAAAGGAAGGAGAGACGGAAGGUUCCAGCGCAGGCUAUUUCUGAUGGAGAUGUGAAACUUCUCAUCAGAAUACUGAGAGCUUAUAAUAUUCCUACAAGAAAGGCACCACCAAAUAAGGUUGAAGUUGCUCAUUCACCAUCUUAUUUACCAAAUCGUAUGUCCCGAGGUAGAUGCAUUUUGUCAGGAAAUUCAACCUGUUCAGCUGAUCCUUUAUGUGAGGUAACUGUCCACCCUUUUGUAGAAGUUACUUUCCAGAACACAGUUUAUCAAACUAGCACUGCGGAUGGCUCUCAUCCAUGUUGGAAUGAAGAACUGCAAGUUGAUUUUGUCUCUCCAGGGCAUGAUUAUACUUUUUCAGGGCUAUCUAAAAUAAAAGACAACAUAAAUAUUAACAUUUUUGAUGAAUUUGUGAUUGAAAAGCAUGAGGACACAUGUCCAAAAAACUGCAGUGGUCAUUCCUAUGUAAGAAAGAGUUGGCUUGGAUCAGUUAUGUUUCCUUUCUCUACUCUUCUGGAACAAUCAAAGAUCUGUGGUACAUUUCAAGUAAAUAUGCCACCAGUUUUACUUGGAUAUACUUGGAGUAAGACAUAUGUACCUCCCAAAGAAGAAUGUCAUGGGCAGAACUUGAAGGAAUAUACCUUUUUAACCAUCUUUGCCACUAUUGAACCUCAACUAUCUUCUGCUGAAAAUAAUUUAGAAUCAGAUAAGUUUGUAGAUCAUGAAGAUGAAACACUGUUGCAAAGAGCAUACAUAUUUAAGCAAACGUGCAAAGCAUUGUUUCCAAAGAGGAGAAUAAUAACCGCAGUUUUUAACAAUCAAGGAAGAAAUAUUUUAGUAACAAAGUACAUUACUUCUUUGAAUCCACCUCAGCUAUUACUAGAUAUAUAUCCUGAUGAGCCUAACUCAGCAUCCGAUCUUAUAUCACGAUUUGUGUCUUUAAUUCCUUGCAUAUCAGAGACUGUGGAUGAAAAUGAUGAUGUUGAUCUUUGGAUGACAUCAGAGUAUUGCCUGAAACUUGGUAUUGGUAAUAAGGAAGAGCAUGCAGUGCUGCUAUGUAACUACUUUCUGCAUAUUGGGAAAAAAGCAUGGGUACUGUUGGGAACAUCUGUGUUAGAAGGGAAAGUAGCUUACGUAGCAACACAGGACAAUGGAGAAUAUUUUUUGUGGAAUCCACUGAGUGGCCAGUGCUAUAAGCAAUUUGAUGCAUUUUGCCCCCUACAGAGUGCUGAUUGCUUAAUAAGCUGGGAAAAUGUAUGGUUCAACAUACAGCAGAACAGUUCACCAAUGUGUGUCAGUUUUGAUAUUUCAAAGGAAAGCUUUUGGAAACAAUUCCUCCCAUACAAUGCUCAGUAUUUAAAAAUACAGACUGUACAGCCAGAAGAACUAUGUUAUGUCCCAACUGAUGAAAGUUUGGUGGUAGAGCUACAAAAUAGGAUUGAAAAGACUUUAAAAAAUAAAAUUAUGGAAUGGCGAUCUCAACAACCAACUCGGUGGCAUCGACAGUGUACCAGUGUCUUACGACAAAUUCUCUUGAAGUUAGAAUUUAGAAAUGAACAGACAAUUAAAGAAAAAGAAGAAAAUUAUUUGGAGGCUUUCCAGGAACUUUAUUGGGUUACAGGAUUUCCUAUACAGAUGCCAUAUUUAGAUCUACAGUCAAUAACUGAGGCUGUUUAUCAGACAGGAAUUCAUUCUUCAGAUGUUCCUAACACAGAAUUUGCUCUUGCUGUGUAUAUUCAUCCUUACCCAAAUAAUACAUUAUCUGUCUGGAUCUACUUAGUAUCUUUGGUCCGCCAUCAGUAAGCAGCAAUGAGUCACAAACCUUCAGGAAUCAGGUACUUAGUGCAGCCAUGAGAUGCUUGCUGGUUGUGAUGCCUGAAUUUUCUUAUAUCACAAGAAAAAACUUAGUAAGUUAUAUCUUAAGAUUCAUAUUGCUUUUACAGAGACUGUUAAAUGCUCCUCAUAUAUUGCUUAGUA